GUUCAAAAGCACGCAAGGACAUCUAGGACCGGAUUUUACAGCGAGACUCAACUUGACGUUGAAAGAGAUACGAUAGGAAUUGGUUAAAAAUAUGGCUGCUACUAACAAAGUCUUUGUUGCCAUCAUAGGCGCCGGAGGGGUGGGCAAAUGCUUCCUCUCACAGUUCCAGGCCCUAUCGAAGAGACGACCUACACCUAAGCUAAGCCUCUCAUACAUUUCGACUAGCAAAAAAGCUCUCUUCAAUGCCGACUAUUCUUCUAUCGAAGUUGACAACGUCGUCCAAGAUCUCGCCGCCUCGACCAAAGCUCCCCUGAGCUUGCCGCAGGUAGCCGACUACCUAGCUGCAGCGCCUUCAAAGGUUAUUCUCGUGGACAACACUAGCUCCCAAGAUGUUGCUGAUGCCUACCCUCUCUUCUUGAGCCGCGGUAUCAGCAUCGUUACUCCCAACAAGAAGGCAUUUUCGGGUUCGUAUAGGCUGUGGCAAGAUAUCUUCACAGCCGCUGCUACUUCCGGAGCUAAGGUGUACCAUGAAUCUUCUGUCGGAGCCGGCCUUCCAGUCAUCUCAACACUGAAAGAUCUAGUGGACACUGGUGAUGAGGUGACCAAGAUCGAAGGUGUAUUUAGCGGAACUAUGUCCUUCCUCUUCAACUCGUUCGCUCCCGUCGAGGGCUCUGGCGGCCUAUGGUCUGCCGAAGUGAAGAAGGCGAAGGAAUUGGGUUAUACGGAACCGGAUCCUCGGGAUGAUUUGAACGGUCUCGAUGUUGCUAGGAAGCUAACAAUUCUUGCGCGACUAGCUGGUCUCCCUGUUGAAUCACCCACUGCCUUCCCAGUGCAGAGCUUGAUCCCAAAGGAGUUGGAGUCUGUCGCGAGCGGUGACGAGUUCUUGCAGAGACUGCCCGAAUUCGAUUCUCGGAUGGGGGAGACGAAACUUGCGGCAGAAAGUCAAGGCAAGGUGGUAAGGUUCGUGGGCAGCAUCGAUGUGGCUUCUAAGGCUGUUAAGGUCGGACUCGAAACAUUCGACAAAUCGCACCCGAUCGCGGGUCUUAAGGGAAGCGAUAACAUUAUUAGUUUCUACACCAAGCGAUACGGAUCAAACCCGCUAAUCAUCCAAGGCGCCGGCGCUGGAGGAGAGGUAACGGCGAUGGGAGUAACCAGCGACUUGCUCAAAGUACUAUCUCAAAUUUCGUAAUUAAAAACCGAGGAACAAAAAUAGAUUCGUAUUUCGUCAUGCAUUAUUGUCGUUUGUCUCUAACCCUAUAAGCAUCCGCAUGUCCUGUGGCUAAUCGUAGGUAUGUCCCGAGUGGACGGGACGUCUCUGACUCGCGGAUGGACCGGACGCAAGCGCAGUUGUGGAGCUGGCGCCGUUCGGUGAUGUAGCUAGGCUUGUUCUUCGUUCUGUACCCUUGCGCGAGAUGCGACCCGGUUCCGAAAUGUCCUUAGGUUGCGGUUGGUUCAGUCGCCAAAGCCAAAGGCAGAAAUCGAAGAGGAUAAGGCUCAUGACGGGGACGGCAAAAGCUAGGCUUGCUAAUUUCUAAGUAUAGCAAGUUAGCAGAAACGCUGAAGGCCGAGGACAUUAGCUUGGUACUCACAAAAAAGAAUGCGAUCCAUGAAAUCGUAUUCCAAAUUCCGUCCGAGAACAGAGCAGUCUGGGGAAUAUGCGGGUACCAGGCCAUGGUCAAGUCCACUGGUAUCUUGUGCAUUGUAGAAAGUUCGACGUUGACGAGAGCGUUGAAGGUAAAGUGGGUGGUAGUGGUAAGUAAUUGUAAGACUCGGCGCGCGAUCGCGUCUUUAAUUGAGUUGAUAAAAUUACGGAACAAUAGGUAGUUCGACUAGGCAACUAGGGUGCUAUUGUGGUCGCAAUGAAAGGUUUCUUUUGGGGCAGAGACCAUAUACUAAAUAGUACU